GACUGCAUCCUGUCAGUUGUUGAUCUAGGAUUUGCAAUUAUUGCGUGCAAUUGUUGAGUCAGGGCAGGGAUGGAAAAAUCGUGAAAUUGGUUUUUGCCUGAGUGGACUCUGAACUGACCCUGACCCUCAAGCGGUCUGCUGAGACUGAGCACUCACUUGCUCAGAUUGACCAAUCUCCUCUCUCCAGGCAGGUGACAGCACUUGGAUUAGUACUGCAGGGAACAUCCAAUUCCUGUUACCUCCUGUCUGUUUUUGAUUGUCAUUUGUUGUUUGUUUAUCUGUCUGUAUUGUGGGGCGCAAGAUGGCGGAAUCAGGGAAGGCUGAGGGAGUUGAGAGUUCUGGGGAGACACCUCAGGUAAAGCUUGAGAUGAAAGUGCAACCUGUAACACCUGUACCGCCUGACCCUUUAGAGGCUGAACUGCGGGCCCAAGAGGAGAAACUCCGCUUGCAGACCCAGGCAAUUGAGAACCUAAAGGCAGAGCUCAAGAGGAAGGAAGAGUAUACCCAGAAGGAGGCCAGAAGAAAAGUGUUGAUUGGAGAUAUGCAGAGGAUUAUGAGCCUCGGUACGACCAGUCAGCCAAGUAAGGACAUGGCAAAAUUCAUCCUUCUGCAGGAUGAGAUUCACCGGUCCAACUUUACUAACUGGGAUGACCGAAUCUCAGGUCUGGAGACCAUCCAUUCAGCUUUGUCAAAGAAGCCGGAUGACAUCUCUGCUCAACUGAACAACAUUGCCAAACAGCUGCAGAUUACCCCUGUUCAGACUGUUCCCCUCUCUUCUGGCCCUUCUGCAGCACCUGUCCCAAAACCCCCACACUCCAGACCUACAUCCCCACCUCUUACACCCAAGUCACCAGCACCCUCUCAGUCCUCAGCCCCAUUUGAGCCGCAGCGGCCCAAGCUAACCCCUCCACCAAUGUUCUCAGGAGAAGAUCCUAAGGUGGAUGUGGCAGAUUGGGUGACUGCGCAGCGAACCUACCUGAGUGGGUUCAAAUGCGACGAGAAUGUGAAGGUGUCAGCCAUCCUGCCACGGCUGGAGAGGACUGCACUUAAAUGGUGCACCUCCACCUCCAGCAAGCAGGGGAUGGAGAUGGUUGAUUGGGCGCAGAGGCUGGGGGUGCUGAGCGUCGUGGCCCAGCAGAUCCUCACAAUACAGCGAGCGGUGGGCUCAGGCAUUUCAAUGUUCGUGUUUGAGGGAACGGAGCUGAAGUUGAAUCCAGGAUGCAACAUUUUUGUCACCAUGAACCCCGGCUACGCAGGACGGAUCGAGCUCCCAGAUAAUCUCAAGGCGCUGUUCCGGCCAGUGGCAAUGAUGGUGCCCAAUUAUGCGAUGAUAGCGGAGAUCACCCUCUACAGCUAUGGGUAUUUAGAGGCCCGAGACCUGGCGAAGAAAAUUGUCGCAACUUUCAGGCUAUGCAGUGAGCAGUUGUCGUCCCAGGAUCAUUACGACUUCGGCAUGCGUGCCGUCAUCGCUGUACUACGAGCGGCAGGGGCUCUGAAAAGGCGCGGACUGAUGACAUGUGCGGCCAGCCAGGCGCAACUGAACUAUCACUCCUUGCCCUUCACACAUGGUGGGCCUGGUAUCAUUCCUGGUACCCCUCAUCUCACCAGCGCGCCCACCAACAUCCCCUCACCCGGUCCAGGGCAUGGGCCACAUAAGAGUGUUUUCCACACCCCAAUUCCUACAUCAAGAAACAUCCCAAGUGGGGCAUUAGGCCCUGAUCCCUCCGAAAGGAUACUCAUCCACAAAGCUCUGAAAGAAGUCAACCUGCCAAAGUUUUUAGCUCCCGAUAUACCACUGUUUGAGGGCAUUCUACGGGACUUGUUCCCAGGAGUUACUGCACCAGCAAGAGAUCAAGAUCAUGCGAAGCUGCUCGGUACUCUUCAGUUGGAUACAACUAGCCAGGGACUUCAACCAGAAAAUUCCUUCAUUGACAAGGCCGUUCAACUUUAUGAGACG